AUGAGCCGCGGCCCCCUGCCCGGCGCCCGCCGGGUGGGGCGUUUUCCCUGUCCACGCCCCCCCCCUAGGCCCUUCCGUGACCUGGUUGGGGGUGUGUGUGAGCACAACCCUCAAGGGUUCUUGGGGAUCCUAACUUCAAAUCCUGGGCAGCAGCCUCUUCAGGCUUCUAGGAAUUUGCAUCACCAACUCCCCAGCCUGCAGAUCUUAAGAUUUGCGGGAGGGGCCGGGGAAUGGAGGUGGGGAGCGGAGCGGAGGGCGGCCUGCCGACUUGGGGCCAGGAAGGAUGUGCGUGGUCGUGGGCGACACGUCGUCGACGGUUCUUCAGUGCCCACGGUGACCCACCUCUCAAGGAGUCUUUGGGCGACGGAGCGGCUCUCACGGGAUUCCGAGACUGCGCUCUGUGGAGCCCCCCACUGGUCCGACCGGAUUCCUCAGCCUGGCUCUGUGCCCCAGGCUACGCGAAAGGGACCGACCUUGGUUCUCUGUUUCGUUUUUCAUUGAACGUGGAAACUUACAAAUUGCCUCCUGGCUUCUUCCACGCUCACUACCUACAAUCUAUGGAGUCAUAUGGCCUUUCGGUCCGUAAGUCUAAUAUGUCACCCUCAGGGGCUGCCAGCCUUCUCUGCCAUCGAAGGCAGCCAGCCAGUCCCCUUGUGCACACCCUGCUCAGUACUUCCAGCCCUCCAAAUCGGCUACUGUCAACGAGCACCUGGGCUGUGCUCUAGAGGUCACCCAGGCUCAUCCCUGACAUUUACCUUGAGAACACAGGAGGGUAGCUUAAGAGAGGGGCACAGAGUCAUACCCACUUAGCCACAGGGUCUAGGCUAGAACUGGGUGUCUUGGGGGCUCUCAUGUCAGAGCUGUCACUCCCUUAUGCCUUGGUGUCAAGUGAAGCAGCUCUGAAAACAAGGGAGCAGGGUGAAUUCAGGGUGCAGAGACGAGUUUGAGUGUCCAGACUUUACUCUCUCCAUUUUCUCUGUGUGUAAAAGAUUGAUAUUUAAUCCACCGACCUUAUUGCAUUAAAUGGAGGAAUAAAUGAAAUUCCAUAUCUGAACGUGCUAUAUAAUACUUGGUAUUAUUAUCCAGUCCCAGUUCUGCUCAGAAUGGAAAUUCUGACAGGUUAACCUGAGGCUGUUCCCCCAACCUCACCCCCACCCCAUGCCCUAUAUGCCCCCUUCUGGGUUGCCAAGCAGGUCCUCUCACGGGCCUUGGGGUAUGCAAUGCCUACUCCUUCCUUCAACGUAUCAAAUAUUGGGUUGUCGGAAAAGUCGUGAUGUAUUUUUUUCUCUGUUUUUCGUUGCAGAAUUGUGUCAUGGCUUUUCUGACAACCCAAUACUUAAUUAUGCCUAAUACUACAUCUUCAUCUCAGACUCCACCGGUCGUUCUUUUCUCUGGUGUCUUGUUGUCUUUCUCACAGGUGUUUCUCAGAGCCACAGCCUGUGUGGCCGUGUCUGCUAUAAAAGCAUGCCGUGCAGACCUUCUCUGACAGGAGCCCUACCUGUACAUCAACAACCUCUUCAGGCACUCCGGAUAUGAAGAUAAGUAAACCCAGCUCUUGCCUUUAAGAAACUCUUCAUCUAGAGGAAAAAGGACUUAAGUAGAUAUUUUAGCAGGUCCACGCAGCAGUGAGCAGAGCCUGCAUAGGGCAUCCAGGAAGCAAGGGUCAGAGGAGCAUGGCUCUGGGAUUUGUGAAUGCUGAGUGCUCGCUUGACCUCUGAAGAUCCCAUCUGAUCCACUCUCUGGGAUUGAUGAACUCCACUUUGAUUGCUUACCUGGCCUCUGACUCAUGGUUUCCCAGGCCUGCUUUCUUGGGGCUGGCAUCCUGCCUGGUCUGCUGCUGCCUGUGACCUGGACAUGAUGGUGACACCCCGAGGCCCUGAUGUCCAACAGAUCAAACACAGGUCACAGGAGGCCUUUUUGUCCCCACCACCAACCCUGGAACCAGAGAACGUCUGCCAUGGAACGUGUCUUCCUAUAUAACUAGCUGCCCUGAGAUGUCCUUCCUCCCCUCAGCAAACUUGCUCUGCCCAGGAAAUUACUCCCAUUUAAAAGAAUACACUGGGAAGAGCACAAUGAUGGUGCCAACUUGGGCCAGUGAAGCAACGUCCUCCACAGCCAGACUGCAGAACAA